CAUAAACAUGACGGGCAAGUCCAUGUACCAAACAAUCGGAUGGAGCUGUCAACGGCGAUGUUGCCAAUGGAGGUCUGUCACUCAUCGAUCGAAUCUGCGGUGGAUCGAGGCACGGAAUGCAAGUACAAGGCAGAGAGCUAUGGUGGACGAGUGGAUCAUGAUGGGCAAAGCGAAGCACGUAGGUUGCAUGGGGAGCUUUGUAUCGCCUUAGGGGAUAUCGCGAAGGCCAUGGAGCGCUGUGCUUACCUUUCCGACCAUAGAUAGAAUCAAUGUUGGUAGGAAAGGGCGCGUUAGAGCGAAGGGGUUCUAUACCAUUCGAGUAUGCAUUCGAUGGCUACCCGAGCGAAUCAGUAAUGAUGGCCCUCAGAAG